GUUGUGAGAACUCCUAUUCUCCGACUCAUAUCCAGCCGAUUCACAUCAACGCACGUCGUGCCCCUGCUUGGAUCAGCACCGUCUAAUUUCCAAUGUGGUAGUCGGAGACUUCGAGUGAGCAUGUAAUUUCCAUUCCUGAGGGUUUGCCUGACGGAGCGGCUGGAGAGUUGACGUAUGUUUCAGGAUUGUGGUAUGUUUGAACGCGUGUGACAGCUUGGGGAGCGUUUGCUUUGCCAGAUUUGCACGAAUUUUGAGCAUUUUGUUGGACUCCUUAUUCACCUACCGUCUGACGUUUUUAGGUUGCGGCAGGGUUUUGUUUCAUGUGUAUUUACAAUUUUUAGGAUUUCGAGGCUUGGUGUGAAGAGAGAACUUCUGAGGGCAAUAGAAAGAUUUUGAAGCGUUCGGUGUGCGUCAGGUGUUGAAGUGUGGUAAAACCAAAGGCAAACUUUAAACUGUGGAUUAUGAGAGUGUUGGAUAGUGGUUUGUAACUAUGACAAGCAGCCUGACAGCCGGUCUUCUGAGAAGCGAGGGGCUGGUCCUCCGCGCAUCCGAGGUUGAUCGGCAUCAAAUAAAAUGUAGUGGGGAAGGUAGAAGAGGCUUGCAGCUGACACGAAUUAAAAGAACGUGUUAUAUUUCGAAGCAGCUUCACUGUUCAACUUCGCUUGUGGUUCCGCAAUAUUGCUGUCAUAGAGGAAGGAAAUCUGCUUGUGCAGCUCUGGCAGAGAGAAAGGCGGUAGAGGAAGUGGCAGUUGGGGGGAAGUCGGCAAAGGACGAGGAUGUUGAGGAGGCUGAGAUAAGUGACGCUGCAAAGACUUCUCAAGGCUUGGAGGCAUGGGUGAUUAGAGGAGAGAAGGCAUUUAACCAGCUCGCAACUGACGCUGUGAUACAGGUUCUAGAUAUUUUUUACAAGAAUAGGGAUUAUGCUCGUUUUUACGUUCUGGAGACAAUUGCCAGGGUUCCGUACUUCGCUUUUGUCUCAGUUCUACACAUGUAUGAAAGCUUCGGUUGGUGGAGACGAUCCGAUUACAUUAAGGUUCACUUUGCGGAGAGCUGGAAUGAGCUACAUCAUCUCCUGACUAUGGAGGCAUUAGGUGGGGACGAGCGCUGGGUGGAUCGAUUUCUGGCGCAGCAUAUCGCCGUCGGUUACUACUUUAUGACGGUAGUUAUGUAUUUACUAAGUCCUCGAAUGGCUUACCAUUUUUCGGAAUGUGUUGAGAAGCAUGCUUUCCACACAUACGACGAAUUCAUUAAGCUACAUGGGGAGGAGUUGAAGAAAUUACCAGCUCCUGAAGUUGCAGUGAAGUACUAUACUUCCGGCGAUCUGUACUUGUUUGAUGAAUUCCAAACUGACCGCACUCCAAAUACAAGGCGGCCGAAGAUUGAUAACUUGUAUGAUGUGUUCUAUAAUAUCCGAGAAGAUGAAGCGGAACACUGCAAGACCAUGUUAGCUUGUCAGACACGAGGAAACUUACGUUCCCCUCACAAUGCAAUGCAAUACGAUGCUUCAGCCUCCUCGUCUAUUAGUGUGCCACCAAUUACAGAAGAUUUAGAGGGAAAAUUGGGGAUUGUGAAGGAUUUACCUCCUGCAGAGUGUGCAGGUAUCAUAGAGUGCGCAUUAACUUCGAGUUCCUUUGUGGAACGAGCACGAAAAAAUGGUGUCGAAGUUAACCUUGAUCAUCUUCCCCGAUGAUUGUAGUUUACCGUAUUCAUGUAGGCCUCAUACGGCGUAAGAUCUUCAGCCUUCACCUAGUUUACAAUUUCAACAAAUUGUUUAGUACUUUGUUUAUAAAUCAUAUUGUUUCAAUGUGCUGGCCACAGCGAACAAGUUGUUUCUCUA